UCUUUUUUUUCGGGUACCGACAUGGUACUUGGAGCAUUGUAUACGCGGUAGUAUGAGCCAUGUCAUGAAAUUCGACAUGUAUAUACAAUUGGUCAUCAGUCGGAUUUAUAUACAGACGUGUGUUAUUUUAUGACAAACCUUCUUACAAAAAAGUACAUCGGAAUGAACUGUAUGUACGUUUGCGUAUCCGAUUUGUGCUAGCUAGCUGAAGCUACCUGGGCUGGAUUCUGUCAUGUUGCUCGAAUUGAUACAGGGAACUGAGGGAGGAGGGCUUAUUAUAAUACAAGAUUCUAUACAUUAUUCUGGGCGGACCCUUUUGAUGAGCUUUAUCAAAGCGGCAUUAAAGAGGGAUGAAGUUGUCCAUUUACUAGCGUUUGAACUUCAUGAAGAGGAGCUAAAACAUGAAUUGGGCCAUUCAUCCCUCCAAAGGUUAAAAUUUCACAACGCUUUCCAUGACCCCCUUGGUUGGAAUGAAAAUCCCCCUUUCACAGUCCACCAGUUCAUCACAUCAGAACUUGAUAGUCUUCUGACCUCGAAUCAGCACUCCAAGCCUGUUACCCUGGUCAUUGAUUCCUUCUCAUUCAUCCUGAGACAUCUCAGCCCUUCUGCUGUAUGUAAAACUCUACAACAGUUGAAAAAGGGGGGAGCUGUGAAGACGACUCUUGGCCUGCUGCACUCUGACAUGCAUCACCGCAACAUGGUGGGAAGCAUGUGCCACCUCGCCACUUCAGUCCUAACCGUCGCGCCCGGGCACCAAUGCCAUGAAGCCGUGGCGAAAACGAUCCGGCGUGCAAAAUCCGGAAAGAUAUCGCAAGCUGUGGAGAGGUUCAGCAUCAGUGAUGAUAUGACUGUGAAGGUGCAGAGCAAGCCCGUACCGGUCGGAUCCGGCCAGGGAGAAGCUGGUGAUGCUGAGGUGGACCCGACUGCAAACCUGACCUUCAACCUCCGCUUGUCGGACCAGGAGCGCCAAGCCAAGGAGAAGCUAGCACUGCCCUUUGUGUUCAGCAAAGAAAAGUAACCAACCCCUGCUUCGUCCAGGGCCAGGAUCUGGACGGAUUCUGUAUGAGCCCGAUGCCAACGAUGAUUAUGAUCAGGAGGACCCCGAUGAUGACCUCGACAUCUAGUUCAUAAAACCCCACUGAUGUGUCUUACAUUAUGCCCUGCCUUGAAGUUUUAUAUUGCAAGGAAGCAUACGUUGCCUUCGAUCACUUAGUUAUUUUCUUCUUGGUUCUUUGAAUUCAGUUCCUCUGACCUUUCUUUGGGAAAAUGCCUGUAUAUUUUUUAUGAUACAAAUAAAUGCGGUAUACUGAA